GCAACGCGGGGGCGCGAUAGCCUAAGGAUGCGGUAACCAUGGCGACUCGCACGGCAUCCCCGGCGGAGGCGGGGAGCACGGUUGCCCCGGCGCUGAGCGCGGCACCGCCGGGGACGUGGCUGCUGUACCUGCCGUGCACCUGGAGCAUCGGGCUGGCGGCUGAGCCGGGCUGCCUACCUGACUGGCACAUGCUGUCCCUGUUUGGCGCUGGGGCGGUCCUCAUGCGUGGGGCUGGCUGCACCAUCAACGACCUGUGGGACCGUGACUACGACAAACAGGUUGCAAGGACAGCAGGAAGACCCCUGGCAGCUGGAGAAAUCUCCACUUUUCAGUCCUUUGUUUUCCUUGGUGGACAGCUCAGCCUGGCUCUCUGUGUGCUUCUGUGUCUGAAUUACUACAGUAUCAUCCUGGGAGCAGCCUCCUUGUCUCUUGUGGUCACCUACCCUCUGAUGAAGAGAAUAACAUAUUGGCCCCAGUUAGUUUUGGGAUUUACAUUUAACUGGGGAGCCCUCCUUGGCUGGUCUGCCGUCCAGGGUUCCUGUGAUUGGUCUGUGUGCCUGCCCUUAUACUUUGCUGGAGUGAUGUGGACCCUGGUCUACGACACCAUAUAUGCUCACCAGGAUAAAAGGGACGACAUCGUUAUUGGUGUUAAGUCCACAGCAUUGAAAUUCAAGGAAGAUACAAAGCAAUGGCUCAGCGGCUUCAGCACAGCAAUGGUCUCGGGUUUGUGUGUGGCAGGAAUGAACUGUGACCAGACUUUCCCCUAUUACUCAGCAGUGGCUGCCAUAGGUGCUCACCUAGCACAUCAGAUUUACACUUUGGAUAUAGAUAAGCCUGAAGACUGUUGGAAGAAAUUCGCUUCAAAUCGUACUGUAGGAGUUCUGCUCUUCAUAGGGAUCGUGCUUGGAAAUCUCUGGAAAAGGAAAAACUCUGAAACUGUAGAAGAGCCUUUAAAAAGCAGGUAGUUGAAAUUUUUAUAGGUAUGGAUGUUUUAAUCUGGCUAAAAUUAACAUCUCUAAGAUGGGCAAGAGCACUUUUAGCCUGAUUGUUUCUGGUUCUAUUUAUUUAUAAUAAUCUGUUUUUUUUUUUUCUAAAAACAAACAAACCCAACAAAACCAAGCACAUGAGACUAUCUCAAUAUAAGCUGUGAUUACUCUUGAAUGACUCCAACCUCCUGAGUAGUGAGGUUGCUCAGUUGGUCCUAUAUAAUACAAGGGAACUCCUGGCCUGCUCCCCAGAGUAUGAGCCCAGUAGCUUGUACAGAACAAGACUGAUGCCUCAGUGGCAGGAUGCAGGAAAAUGCAAAGCAAUUCCAGUAUGUAAAUAAAAAUCUAUCUGUA